CUUCGGCAGCAUGUUAUGUCGGCGCUUGAAUGACAUUUACUGCUCUUAGUUUACUUCUCACCCCUUUCUAAAAAUAUAUUAGCUCUAAAUGUUGCUUUUCGGAGUUUUAUGACAGGAAGUGUUGCUGUUUAAUCAACAUGAGGAAUGUUAAGCCCUUCCUUUGCUUUUCCAAACGCUGGACUCCUCUCAGAUGGCUCAACAAGCCCAGAUACUGUUCAAACCCCUCCACAGCCGCGGUAAGUUCAGGGAAGAAUAGGAAGGCUCUCUCCGACAGCUUCAGGAGUCAGAUCGCCUCCGGUCCCAGUUUUCAGGAUUUCAUUAGAGGAGGUUCAGUAAAUCUGUCUGCAGAUGAACACACAGAGGAGCGCAGUUAUCUCUCUGAAGAGCUGCAGAUGGUGGGAAACUCAAGGAAAGUGUAUUUUGAAACGUAUGGAUGCCAGAUGAAUGUGAAUGACACAGAGAUAGCCUGGUCCAUACUUAUGAAGAAAGGCUAUCAACGCACAGCUGAUCUCAAGCAGGCAGACGUUGUUCUCCUGGUGACUUGCUCCAUAAGAGAAAAGGCUGAACAAACAAUUUGGAACAGACUCCAGCAGCUUACAGCCAUGAAGAAGAAACGACUCAAAAGCAAGUCACCGAUGAAAAUAGGCAUCUUGGGCUGCAUGGCAGAGAGGCUGAAGAUGGAGCUGCUGGAGCGGGAGAAGCUGGUGGAUGUCCUCGCCGGCCCUGAUGCUUACCGGGACCUUCCUCGACUUUUAGCUAUCGCUGAUGGAGGUCAACAGGCGAGCAACGUGCUGCUGUCUCUAGAGGAGACCUAUGCAGACGUCAUGCCCGUUCAGCAUGGCGCUCAGGGCUACAGUGCUUUUGUCUCCAUCAUGCGAGGCUGUGACAAUAUGUGCAGCUACUGCAUCGUUCCGUUCACAAGAGGCAGAGAGAGGAGCCGGCCUGUCAGAUCCAUCCUUGAAGAAGUACAGAUGCUCUCAGAUCAGGGUGUGAAGGAGGUGACUUUGCUCGGUCAGAAUGUGAACAGCUACAGGGACACGUCAGAGCAGCAGUUCUGUGGCCCAGAGCUGACGAAGCUCAGCCGCGGCUUCGACACCGUCUACCGAACCAAGCAGGGAGGUCUGCGCUUUUCCGAUCUGCUCGACCAAGUGUCGCGCAUCGACCCCGACAUGAGAAUCAGGUUCACUUCUCCUCAUCCGAAGGAUUUUCCUGAUGAGGUUCUGCAGCUGAUUGCAGAGCGCCAGAACAUCUGUAAGCAAAUCCAUCUUCCAGCCCAGAGUGGGAGUAACCAGGUCCUAAAGGCCAUGCGGCGCGGUUACACCAGGGAGGCCUACCUGGACCUGGUGGACAAUAUAAAGAGAAUCAUCCCAGACGUGAGUCUCAGCAGCGACUUCAUCUCCGGUUUCUGUGGCGAAACCGAAGAAGACCACCAGCAAACUCUCUCCCUAAUCAGAGAGGUGGGCUACAAUGUGGGCUUCCUAUUUGCCUACAGCAUGCGGAAGAAGACACACGCCUUCCAUCGGCUACAGGACGACGUGGCGCCACAGGUGAAGCAGCGGAGGCUGGAGGAGUGCAUCUGUGUUUUCCGGGAGGAAGCUGCGAAGGUCAACGCUGCCAUCGUCGGCAGCACGCAGCUGGUGCUGGUCGAGGGAGAAAGUAAAAGAUCUUCCGUAGAUCUGUGUGGGAGAACUGAUGGGAACAUGAAAGUGAUUUUCCCCAAAGAAGAUGUUGCCGUUCAGUCCUCUGCAUCCAUCACUGCGCCAAUCUGCCCUGGAGACUAUGUGCUGGUGAAGAUCCUGUCAGCCAGCUCCCAGAGCCUGAGGGGCCGGGCCCUUGGUCAUGGCUCCCUGAGAAAGAACACUGAUGCACUGCCGUGAUGGAAACAAACGAUGCUACAUUCUGCUACACGACGCCAAAAACAGAACUAAGAAAC